UCUACCUCGCAGUUCCCGCAUUUGCGGAAUGAUAUUCCAAUAUGGCAACCGUAGUAACGUCUGCACGAGUCGGUGUGUCGGAAAUGUUUUGAUUCCGUUGACAAAUCGCGACGGCCGGUCGACGUAUCGCACAUAGGGAGGUGCCUGGUGCAUGGUGACCGGUCACACAAAGUAGUGCAUCACUGUAUUCUUAAAUUAAACAUUAAUUUAGAUAGGUUUUUAGAAAAUUGAGGAGAAUAUUGUGGAGUUAAAGGGAAAGCGUGGGAGGAUACUGAGGAUUCACGGGACUGCAUUGAGAGGCUGUGAGCCAACAUGGGCAAACAGAACAGCAAACUGAAGCCUGAAGUGCUUGAGGAUCUGAAACAGAAUACGGAAUUUUCUGAUGCAGAAAUUCAAGAAUGGUACAAAGGAUUCUUGAAGGAUUGUCCGAGUGGGCAUCUGAGUGUCGAGGAAUUCAAGAAAAUCUACGGUAAUUUUUUCCCCUACGGUGAUGCAUCCAAGUUCGCAGAACACGUCUUCAGGACAUUCGAUGCUAAUGGCGAUGGGACGAUUGACUUCCGGGAGUUCCUGUGCGCACUGAGUGUCACAUCCCGGGGUAAAUUGGAACAGAAAUUGAAGUGGGCCUUUAGUAUGUACGAUCUCGAUGGCAAUGGAUACAUUUCACGCCAGGAAAUGUUGGAGAUUGUCACGGCAAUUUACAAAAUGGUGGGUACAGUGAUGAAAAUGCCGGAGGACGAGUCAACCCCGGAGAAAAGAACAGACAAAAUAUUCCGGCAAAUGGAUAAAAAUAAAGACGGUAAACUGUCCCUGGAGGAGUUCAUUGAGGGUGCUAAGAGCGAUCCGUCAAUAGUGCGACUAUUGCAGUGCGAUCCAAGCGCACAGGCUCAGUGAAUAUGUCUGGGCCAAAAGUAUGACGUUUGAACGCCAAUAGCGACCCAAAAAACAACUCGGGGCCCAGUCCAAUAAAUAACCCCUCACGCGAGAUUUCCCAAUUCGAUGUCGACAGGCUGGAGUCAAUUGAACGUUCUUUUAACGCUCCACGAGUCCGAGCUCAUGUAAAUCGCUAUUAUCGACUCCUGCAGCGUCGAGAACAAGAGUUAGAUGUGCAGAUUCAAUUACAAUAUCGUGUGGUUAAAACUGAUACGGAGUAUUCGCUGGAAAUGGCACAUGCGACCUUUUGUCUUGAAUGAAACUUGAACCUCACUCGUCUGAACGCAAAAGGUACGAAUUCAUAAAGUUCAUAAAAACAUGGGAAUCCCCGACACGCGAAUUCGCUUGACCAAUCAGAUUGCAAUUUUUUCCCGCCAUUUUGAGUGGUUCUCGUUCCCAUGGGGACUAGGUUUCAUAUCUUUCCAAGCAUCGAAAACAAGAUUUAGAUGUUCACAUUCAAUUGCAACAUCGUGUGUCUAAAACUAAUACGCGGUAUCUUCUGAAAAUGGCACAUACGACCUUUUGUAUUGAAUAAAACUCGAACCUCACUUGCCUGAACGCAAAAGGUUAUGUCAAUUCAUGAAGUUCAUGAAAACAUGGGAAUCCCCGAUGCGGAAAUUCGCUUGACCAAUCAGAUUGCAAUCUUUUCCCGCCAGUUUCAUCCCUCCGCCAUUUCGAUUGGUCCUCGUUCCCACGUGGGCUAGACUCCAUUCUGGUGAAUACAAUAUUUCACGUUUUCCCACGCGAUAUAAAACUCUACGUCAAUAAUAUUGUAAGUCUCCUGCAUGAUGAUGAUCGAUUAUUGGGAAAUGAAUUAUUUUAAUUUUUUAUUCAGCGAGGAUUGAAAUGUUUAUUGAACCGGGACCCGAGAGGCUCCAGACUCACUGGGCCCAGCGCGCUUGCGCAGACCGCAAACUAGUCCGCAAGGCUAGUCCAGUUGCUCCGUCGCGUUUUAAUAAAAAAAAUUUUAAAAAUAAGAGAGAAUGAAUAAAGCGAGGAAAACGAUGAGCAUAAGAUGAUAAAAUGGUGAGAGUAAAGAAUCGUUCGAUAUUUCGAGGUAAUGGAUAUGGAAUGAUGUCUGCAUGCUGUCGCUUAUGAAACUGAAUGGGAGUUUAAUUUUUAAUUUUUAAUGAUUAAUGGAAAACUCCUGCCAAUGUACAAGUUUAUUGUCAUGCCCGAUGAGUAAACAUUAUGGUAGAGGGAUUGAGGAUUAAUUCAAAAACAUUGAGGAUUAAAAGUUAAAUUGAAGCGUCAGGAGAUUUUAACGAUGAGUACACAUGGGAAUAAUGAUUGGAUUCAAGUGGGUUACGGAUUGACAAACAAAAGAGUCGGGUAAAUAUCGACAGGGGGAAGGGGUCAGGGGAGGAUUGAAUACUCGGCCAUGUUUGUUCUAAAUGAUUGAAUAAAAAUGGAUGGAGAAAGGGUUCAGUGAUGGAAUUGCGAGUAGUCAAUUUUAGUUUUCGGUGGGUGUAUCAGAGUCUAUGGGAGGUAAAGCUGUCUGGACAGAAUUUCCAUCUGCCACAGAUUCCGAAAUAUUUCAAAAGACCUAAAACACUGAAAAUGCGAAUUUGCCGCAGAUCACGGAAAACUGAACCGUCUUUAAUUGUCAAUAUCUCGAGAUCGGCAGAGUGAAAUUUCAGAUUUUUUUUUCCAUUUUCAAGAUAUUUUUUUAAACUUGAAGAUGAGCUCUCGUUCAUCCAAAUCGCAUCGUUGGGUCACGAGAUCUUGGGUAUUAAAGAAGCUUCAGUUCUUCCGCAUCAUUGUUUAAUUACUUUGAGGGCUAUCUUCUCUGCAGACAUUCUCUCAUUUUUUAUAUGGGGGUCUGUCCACACUCCUGUCCUGGUUCAUAAUAUAUUUUCCCUCACGAAUCCUCGAUGAUCAUUCAAAAAAGCUCAAAGUUGUUGUUUUCUUUCUAUUCGUAAGUUAAGGCUUAUUUUAAAAAUCGAAAUGAUAAGACAUUUUCAGUUAAACUGGCCACUUGGCAGACUCACGUUUAAGUUGACACACAACUUAGAAAUGUUGUCGAAAUAUUAAAGAUGUUAUAUGCACACCCAUCCCGCAGUGGUCGGGCAAUUGUCCAAGAGUCCUUUUUAGAGAUUUAUUUUUCGUCGCUGAAUGAACGUGUCAUUAAAAUUUAAGUGUGUGAAACUUGGUGAUAAUGUAUGUGCGAAUGACUAAUUGAUGAUGAAACUGACGAUUAAAAUGUUUCAACAGCAGAUGGCUAGAGAUUAAUGAUUAUUGGAAUAAUGGGAAUUGGAUAAUGUAAGGCUAUUGAAUGUUCUUCGAAAAAUGUGUUAUCAAGUCAUAAUUUAUGGUUAACCAUGUGGUUAUAAUGAUGUCCUUUAAUUAAUUGUUCAUUGUCGAUUGAAAGUUAAAUGGUACAUUAAAAACAUUCGUAUUCAAUGAAAAUCUAAGUGACAAGUAUGAAAUAAUCUCGAAAGAAGCUAAAUUUAACUUUUAAAAAAUAUAAAUUUCUCUCUAGUGUCUCGAUCACAUUCGACGAGACUUUCUCUUGACUAAAAUUUUAUGUUGCACUUUCAAGUUCUUACGGAAACUAUCUCUCGAAACGAUAACGAAAAAAAAGCCCACUUAUUCUCUACUAAAACUUAAGAUGUAAAUUCUCCUCGUCUUGCGCUCAUUAAUAUUAAGUCGUACUCACCUAUAUCCAGUCUUUUAAUCUAUUGAUGAAGAAUACUGAAGAAUAUUCAGAGAAUUGAACAAUGAAUAAACAGAGUAUUGAAAUAAUUUUAACAAUUGAAGAAAAUCAAAUGUGUAACUGAGGAUAAAUAAUUAUUUCCUGUUUCUCUCAGCUAAAUAACCACUCAUUAAAAUUGAGUGAUGAAGUAGAAAAUUUACCGGACAACUUCAUCACACAAUCGCUCGUUAAUUAUAGAUGAAAAAAAAAAAACGAUUAACUAAACAUAAAUAUCGUGCAUGAUUUGAUACGACUCGAGCAUCGACAAAUUGUUAAUAUCGAAUUAGCUCCAUUGGAGAAUGAUAAAAAAAAUAUGAACAAAUCAAACGAUUUCUGGCCUUUUUGAUACGCACUUGUACAGAAACUGGUCCGAGUUAUUGACGAAAAGGUUGAAAUAUCGUAAUCGAAGAGAAUAAAUAUUCGGGGAAUGAAUAUUGAUUGCGGUUUAAUAAAGUAACAAAUUGUUGCAGUAGAAAAACAAAAUAAAUAAAAAAAGUUUCCAUCCGAAGGCUCGUGACCACAUUUCCGAUACACACGAAUGUUUUGUGAAAUAGCCGACCGCCUAUUUAUCCUUGGGCUGAUGCGACGUCAACAACUCCAGUAACAGAUUGAAAAUAUAUGGUUGAGCCCUAAAGGGGGCGUAUGUCUGAUGAGAAUACAUACGGCGAUUGUCUUCUAAAUAACAAGUACGUGUUUUUCAGUGUAGAGCGGAUAAAUUAAUUCAGUCAUUAGUGACCUUUUCUCCUCAGGAAUUAAAGCAGAAAAAAGUAAUAGGAUGAAUCAGUAAGAGAUUAUUUAUCAAGUCGGAGAAUACGCUUGAGUACAUAUUUAACUUGGAUAGAGGUGACGAUGAUUGGAGAAGUUUUCUUGUGAACUCUCGUGGAAAGUAACGCUGGUAAUGGCCACUCUGAGCCCAUGAUUGAUUGACCCUUUGCGGGGGGGUCUGUUGAAUUCGGCUGAGAGAGCAAGAAAAUUUGAGGAAAAAGGGGGAAGGAAAAUGGAGUUAUAGGGACUUGAUGGUUGUGAUAAGUUGAGAGUCGUGGAGCACUCAUUUAUUUGUCGUUUUUAAUUGAUUGAGUUGGCUGAUAUGCCACGAGAUAAUCUGUAUUUUCAAAAGUCAGGAGUUGAAUGGGUGAAAUGUCACUGGACAGGCGAUGAGGAGGGAUUUUAGGAUAUAAUUACACUUGUGACGUUUCAACCUUUCACUUCUUAAUUCAUCGAUUCUCUUUUUACACCAAAUGAGUGUCCAAUUCGGCGGAAAGAGGAUUGGGUUGAGAUGCCUUGGGAGUGGAAAAAUUAAGUCUCUGGCGAGAGGGGGUGGAGAUAUCUGAAAAACUGCUUGAAGAAUUGCAGAUGGCUGUCUUAUACAGCCGUAAGUUACGGGGAUAAGUCGAUGGUCUUCCCUUCCCUUUACUGAAUAAUAAAAGUUCAGCAUCGUUUAUUCAGAGUUAAAUUAUCACAUGUUGUUGAAAAGCCCCGAUUUUUUUUUUUGAAAAGUUUCUAUGUGACGUGCUGGUGGAUGCAAGUCAUAUUACCUCGUAUUAUCUCGAAUUUUCAAGAGAAAUCAAGAUUAUUUUGGAAAACCGCUGGUUUUUCUCGGACGUUCUAGAAAACCACCGAAUUUCUCCGAAUAUUCAGGGAGAUCGUGAAUUUCCCAGAGAAGUCGAAAAUUUUCACAAAUUUUCUGGAAAUAUUUUCUCGAAUUUGAAAAAAAAAUUUGACUUGUCUAGAAUUCCGAUAGAUGGUGCUCAGGCAUGAAGACUUUUUUCCAAAAUGAUCCCCCGUACUGAAACCAUAGACCUAUGCACGUAAAAAAUCUGUUCCCUUCAUAAAAACGGGAUGAAGUGAGUUGAUGUUGAUCUGAAGAGGAUUAAUAACUCUAAAAAAAUUCUAAAAGUACGAGGUGGAGCCGCCGCCAUCUUUAAAGCCCCUGGCGGCAGAGGGGCUGUCUAAACAAGAUGGCGACGGCUACACCGAUCCGCCACCUCGCAUUUUUGAACAUUAAUUAAAAUUAUUUCUCCUCUUCAGAUCACCUCCAACUCGCUUCAUCCAGUUCCUAGAAAAAGAACGAAUUUUUCAAGCCAUUCUUUUAUUCUGUCCACAUUUCAGUAGCAUUUUCUCACUCCCGAGGCCACUUAACCUUCUAACGAAAUCACUGCAUUAUUGAAAAAUUGAAACUAACCAAAGAUAAAUGCGCUUAAUUAUAGGUGUCGCGAUUCAACGAAAAUUAACGAUUUCUUGAACUCGAUUAAAACCAAGAUAUUCAUUAUCAAUUGUUAACUAUUAAAACCUGCGAGUGUUGAAACAAAGCUUUCUCUUGCCACUUGAACGAACUUAUUCCCCCGAAGAGCCCCAUUAUGUUUUCUGGAAUAUACAAACAAUGAAAAACCCCAAAAUUACACAUUUCAUGCUCCAGUUCUGAAACCCUUCCCUCAACACUACAGAUAUGUUUGAUGUACGUGCGAGUGCAGUUGUACGAGUGUACUCCAUAUGUAAACAUGUGCGAUCAAAAAUGAAGAAGAAAAAUCAUCGACUUAUUGUUACAAUGUGUUUUUAAACGAUUCCAAUUUAAUAACCACUGUCCUCCGUAUGAUAAGUUAUUGUGAGGUUGAGGGGUUUUCCGUGGAGAUGCUGGAGUAGUUGCUGAGCCACGAUUCGGGAGAAUAAUUCGGAGAGGAGGAGGUGAACUGACCCGAUACUAAUUCAUUACUAAAUCCACAGCAUUUGUAAGUGCAGAAGAGAUUUUUUCUUGAUUCAUUUAUUUUUAUUCGGAAAACAUUUAAUUUCAAGGAAACGAUUAUUACAGAAAAAUCAAAACCUAUUGACUCUUCUCUAUGAAAUAUCCAUUGAAAAAUAACAAGACAGUUGCAUAGUUUUUUCAAUUCAACUUUUUCGCACGUGAUGUCAUCUCAUGAAUUCUCCGCCAAAAGGGGUCAAAAUCUAAAUCAUAGCUUGAAACAUUGGUUCCGUUUUUAGGAACUGGAUGGAAUGAAUUAGAGUUAUUCUAAAGAGAAUAAAUUAUUUUUAGAAAUGGUCAAAAGUGCGAGGUGGUUGAUUCGUGUGGCCGUCGCCAUCUUGCUUGGAUGCUUCCUUCCACUGCCGCAAAGGGCUUUCAAAAUGGCGGCGCCUCCAACUCGUAUUUUUAAACAUUUCUUAAAAUUAUUUACCCUCUUCGUAUCACUCUCUACUCGUAUCAUCCGGUUUCUGGAAAAUGAACAAAUUUUUUAAGCCAUUUUUCAGAUUUUUCCAUUUUUUUUCGGCGAAUAUAUCCCCGAAUCGUCGCUCUGCUAUUCCAGACCUCUCUCCAACAAACGCUCUGACCUCCCUUAUUAAUAAUGAAUUAUUCAACAGAAUCAAAACACUACGAACGUAUUAAUAAUAUUUAAAAAAUCACUGAAUGAUUAAUUAAAGAUUUAGCCAUUGGUCAAGGCGACCAAUGAUCAGCUUUUCAAUGUUUAAUUUUAA